ACCCAGCAUCCACCACAAGCAGUCAAGCAAUGUUGACGUGUAGUUUAUUGGUGGUCUAUUUCGCAUCACCAGCUGGCGAAGCCGGGCAUCAUUUAACCGAAACUUAAGCAUUUUUACCGACAUUUUGUGAUUUUUUUGAGUGUUGGGUGAUUCCACGACAGUGUGUGGGGAUGGCUGGAGAAAUGUCUAUGAUUGGUUCAGUGAUCCUGGCCUUAUUCCUGGCUGGUUAUCUGGGCCAGCAGUACUUACCACCCCCCAAACCGAAAGUGAUUGGCAUGGACCUGGGCACCACUUUCUGCUCGGUGGGCGUCUUCCACCCGGGCAGUGGAGAUGUGGAGGUUAUGGCAGAUGAAGAGGGGAGGAAGAGCAUCCCCAGCACCGUCUCCUUCACCACCACUGCGGUCCUGGCCGGACAUGAAGCCGUGGACCUGGCCGACACCAACCCCCAAAACACCAUCUACGAUGCCAAGAGGUUCAUCGGGAAGAUAUUUGAGCCGGAAGUCCUAGAGCAGGAGAGUGCCCGUUACCCGUUCAAGGUGAUUAACAACAAUGGGAGUGCAGAGUUUGUAAUCUCCACCAACCACACCUUCACGGUGAGCCCAGAGUUCAUCGGCUCCAGGCUGCUGCUGAAGAUGAAGAAGAUGGCUGAGAAACAACUGGGCGUGCCCAUCCAGAAAGCUGUCAUCUCAGUGCCCGCAGAGUUUGACGAGAGACAGAGGAACUACACAGUCAGAGCCGCCAACCUCGCCGGCUUGGAGAUCCUGCGUGUGAUCAACGAGCCCACGGCUGCAGCCAUGGCGUACGGCCUUCACAAGGUGGACGUGUUCAACGUGCUGGUGGUCGAUCUUGGCGGAGGAACGCUGGACGUGUCUCUGCUCAACAAACAGGGCGGCAUGUUCCUCACCAGAGCCAUGGCAGGAAACAACAAGCUAGGAGGUCAAGACUUCAGCCAGAGGUUGCUCCAGUACGCCACAGAGCGAGUCCAACAGGAGUUUGGCGUCCCGCUCACUCUCAAAGAGGACAUCCACCGCCUCCGCCAGGUCGUGGAGGCCGCCAAGCUCAACCUCACCCUCCAGCCCAGCGCCUCCAUCAGAGUGCCCCUGCACCUCCACACCCAAGACAGCUCAGAGUCACCCGAGGGCUCCACUCCAGCACCGGUCCUCUUCCAGACUGUGAUCACUCGCGAGCUGUUCGAGGAGCUCAAUGAGGACCUCUUCCAGAAGAUCCUAGCUCCCGUCAAGACCGUGUUAACCGAAGGCCACCUGGAGAAAGAGGACGUGGAUGAGAUCGUCCUGGUCGGAGGUUCCACAAGGAUACCGCGCAUCAGGAGGCUGAUCAGCGAGUACUUUGGGAAGGAGCCCAACACUUCAGUGGACCCUGACCUGGCGGUGGUUACAGGUGUGGCCAUUCAGGCUGGCAUCAUGGGCGGCUCCUGGCCAUUACAAGUCAGCGCUAUAGAAAUCCCCAACAGACACUUGCGCAAGACAAACUUCAGCUAAUCUUGAUUGAGUUUAUUUAUUGAGAACAACAGGAAGCCAGAGACUUGCCACUGAUUUCUAACUGUUUCAUGCUUCUCUAAUGUGCAUCAUUUAUUAUCUGCUGAGUUGAGAAAAAUGCACGACAAGACUUUAAAGUCUUAUCUUAUGCUUCCUUGUUUGUGAAAGACAGCGUUAACAACAACAAAAAAAAUCAGAUAUUAACAUUCCUUUUCAACGUAGAGAUAAAAUCUGAAGCGGUGAACAGUCCUGUUCUGGUUUUUAAAGUAACAGCUGCUUUUGUUGUGCUCGAAACCUUCAGCAGAAAUAACAGAGUGAAAUAAUGAUGAAAUGUGAAUGAGACUCCUCAUAGAAUAUGAAAUCCUCUCUUUCAUGUAUCGAUAUUUCAAUGAUGUUCAAUUCAGGGAACAACCACUCUUUAUGAGGACUUAAAGACUAGCCAGUACAUCUUCAGCUAUUUAUUUAUUUAUUCCCGUCAACUGUACGACUGUGUGUGUAUGAGAGCGUGUAUGAGUGCAGGUGUUUUGCAGGCCUUUAAUGUAUUGUACAUCUUUAUAUCAAAGGUUGACACAUAGUGUGCUUGUGCCUUUUCAGAAAGCUGCUAUAUUGUUGAAAAUUAAGUGUAGAAGUAAACCGCUGCGAGAUGGCGUUUCAGGCAGAGACCUUAGUCCAGGUCCAUGUGACUGAGGUGAUUUUAUGUCCACUGGAGGUCACUGAGACAGAGACCUCAGUGUAAAGAUAUGCACAGUUAAUUGAAAACAAAAUGUAUUGCAAUAUAGACUCUGCACCUCAUUAAUAAGGUAUUCUGGUGAGGUGUAGAACAGAUGAAGGUGCAUGUUGGUGAAAAGCCUUAAUGUUCACACAGUACUGUAACUCUUUAAUCAUUCGCAUCAUCCCUCCAUUACACAGAAUACAGAUUAUUCGUCUCAGACAGAGGAGGAGCUCAGUGUUGCACUUUGAGGACUUCCACUUGUUGGCCAACAUCACAUUUUUGUGUUAUAGUGCAUGCUUUAUUUAAAUGGCAAUGACUCACAUGCUUCACAUAUUUGAGCAGCAUAUCAAAGGUUAAAAGCAGCCUGUUUCUGCUGCUGUAGGUUGAGUGGGUCAACUCUGGAAGUCUUACAGAAGGACCAAAGCAUUUACGUCCAGGUGCCUUGUGUACUUGUAAUUGAAAAAUGUGUUGCUGUUACAUCUGGGAUGUUUUGCGGAUGUAAGCUUUGUGGUUGACAGACUUGUUCACCUUUUCCUAUUUUGGUGGACAAAUGCUCGUCAUAGUACAUCCAGUAUGGAAGUUGAUUUCCAUUUGUAUUCCAAAAAUCUCUACCUUCUUUAGAAAACAUAAAACCCAGAACUCUGUAUGUCUGAUAGAAAGUUUCAUUUGCCAAAUGUCAUUUAUGAGUAGAUGUACUUUUGUCUUGUUUUUUUUUUAAAUGAUGUAUUUCUCAUGUUGGAACUGAGAUCUUGAUGUAAUAGAGCCUUCAGUAAAGCUGAAGGAAAUGUGGUUACACUGUUUGCCUUUCAUGCUGUACAAAUCACUUAUCAGUCCCUGUGGAAACAGGGAGGAAAAACCCCAUGAGACUAGGAUCUAUUUUUGUAUCGCAAGUUUUCCUCAUUGUCAGAGUCUAGCCACCUAGAAAAAAAAAAAAAAAAAAAACACAAGGAAGUUAAACUGUUCUGACCUGCUUUUCAGCUUAUUAAAAUUCUGUUUCUCAACUUC